AGAGCAUACUAUUUGAGAUGGAGAAAUAAUAAUGUGAAUAAUACAUGGAACCGAGGUAUAGACGGAUGAUUCUUCGAAUUUUACGUGGCAGUUAAUAUCUGGCAAGAACGAUGAACGUGUUCGACAAUCAGUAUCGUACUUAUCGUAUUAUAUUGAAAAUUGUAGGACUAUGGCCAUACGACAACUCAAUCUACGUACGGAUUCAAAGAAUAUGUGUAUUAAUAUAUUUUCUUAUUGGCGUACUAGUACAGAUUUUCUCGUUUGUAAAAUCUGAAAUUUCGUUACGAAAUUGCAUCGUCACAUUUUCUAUGACUUUUCCUACAGUGCUAUUUUGUUUACGAUAUAUUUACUGUCUCACACUGUUUUCAUACGCAAAACUUUUAUUCGAUGACAUAUGUACAGAAGAACAUCUAUUACAAGAUACGACAGAAAUACAAAUACAAACGAAAUAUCUCGAUAUUUCUAGUCAUAUCAUCUACAUUUUUUGCUGUAAGAAAUCACUUGAUGCGCAUUAAUUUGUAAUAUUUAAUUAUUUAUCAACAACUUUCAUCAUCAUCAUGA